AUGACUGUCACUCCCAAUGAUGCUAAUGCUGUGGCACUGCUGCUACCCCUGCUGUGGGCCGGUUCUCUGGCUCAGGAUCUAAGAUACAAGUUGCAAGUGCCAGACUUGGUGAUGGUGCAGGAAGGACUGUGCGUCCUCGUGCCCUGCAGUGUCUUCUACCCCGCGGUCUACCAGGUUGACUCUAUCCCUGUUCACGGCUACUGGUUCCAGGAAGAGGCCAGUUUCGACAAGGAUCCUCCAGUGGCCACAAACGAUCCAUAUCGUAAAGUGCAGGAGAAGACCCAGGACCGAUUCCACCUCCUUGGAGACCCUAGGACCAGCAACUGCUCCCUGGAUAUCAGAGAUGCACAGAGAAAGGACACGGGGACUUACUUCUUUAGGGUGGAGAUAAGGCCUUACAUAAAAUAUAAUUACAGAAAGAACAAGCUAUCUGUGCAUGUGUUGGCUCUUACACAGACACUUGACAUCUACAUCCAGGGGGCCCUGGAAUCUGGCCACCCCAAGAAGAUAUUCUGCAUAGUGCCAUGGGCCUGUGAGAGGGGGACACGCCCCUUCUCCUGGAUUGGGGUGGUCCCAACCUCCCUGGGCCCCCAAAUUCCCCACUCCUUGGUGCUCACCUUGAACCCGGGGCCACAGGACCACAGCAGCAACUUCACCUGUCAAGUGACCUUCCACACUGGCGUAACCACAGAGAGGACCAUUCAGCUCAACAUGUCCUAUACUCCACAGAACGUGACCAUCAGUGUGAUCAGGAGAGACGGCACAGGAUCUGAAGCCCUGGGCAAUGGCUCAUCUCUUCGAGUUCAACAGGGCCAGUCCCUGAGCCUGGUCUGUGUCACAAACAGCAGCCCUCCUGCCAGGUUGAACUGGGCCCAGGGAAGCCUGACCCUGAGGCCCUCACAGCCCUUGAGCCCUGGGGUCCUGGAGCUGCCUUGUGUGGAACUGGAGGACCAUAGAAAAUACAUCUGCCAAGCUUGGCACCAGUUGGGCUCUCGGAAAGCCUCUGUGAACCCCUUUGUGAAGAACCCCCCACAGCAGCCGGGCCCCUCCUGCUCCUGGGAGGCUGAGCGUCUACACUGCGGCUGCUCCUCCCGAGCCCAGCUGGCCCCCUCCCUGCAUUGGUGGCUUGGGGAGGGGCUGCUGGAGGGGAACAGCAGCAACGCUUCCUUCAUGGUCACCUCCAGCUCAGCUGGGCCCUGGGCCAACAGCUCCUUGAGCCUCAGAGGGUCACUCUCCUCCAGCCUCAGGCUCAGCUGUGAAGCCCAAAAUGCCCAUGGGAAUCAGCGUGACUAUCCUGCUGCUUCCAAGUCAGGAGAGUAUGAAGGUCAAGGCCCAGGGAAAGGAGAAACAUGA